GAGCGUUUUCCAUGUCAGACAGAGGACGGGGUAGAGGCGGUGGACAACAUCAAGGCCGUGGCAGAGUCCGUGGCAGAGGCCGUGGACGAGGACACUUCGCUACAGCGUCAGCAACACCCACCUGUCCCGGAAAACCAAUUGGCGGUCGCACAUCAGAACAUGAAGCAGUUGGAAGCUCGUCUAGCGCGUCGCGUCCAUCUCUUGAAGGUGCACAAAUUGCAGUGUCGGAAUAUGGCACACGCGCUAGGCGGCGAGGAGAAGAGGAAGUUUGUGAUAAGUCAGAGAGAAUGGGACGGUGUGAAGCUGCGGCCAAAGGAAUAUCAGAAUUGAGUUUAUCUUGUAGCCCCACUUCUCCGCUUACUGGCCAGGCGUUACAACGUUCUCAACUUUCUGUUCCACGCACAGAACCAGCUCUAGGUGCGGUUACUGGACAGGCUAAGGCAUCUUCCUGUCCUGUUGAGGGAGCAAACCCACCUACUGUGUCACCUAGUCAGCCUGCUACUAGCGCUUCAACUCAAGCUGUAGAGAAGAGAAGUGGCUCGGGAUUUAGACCUCCAGAUCGGCCUGGUUUUGGUUCAGUUGGGAGGCUGAUUGCACUGCGUGCGAACCGUUUUAAAGUUUCAUUGUCUGAUAAGCCAACGUUAGCUGUGAUAUAUCAUUAUGACGUCAAGUUUAGUCCUGAGUUGAAACCUCAGAGAAUUGGGAAUGAUGUGAUUGAAGAGUGGGUGAAGAAAUAUGCCAGAAAAUUAGGAGGAUUACGUCCAGUGUUUGAUGGGAAGGCGAAUUUGUAUGUAUCCAGACAGCUGCCAGAAGAAGAGGCAUCUUACGAUGUCAGUUUCAAGAUAAGGGAAGAUGAAAAAGAAACAAACUAUACAGUGACUGUCAAAUAUGCCGCUGCCAUUCCAGUUCAGAAAUUAAAGGAUGCUCUUGCUGGACGUAUACAGUCAUGUCCACAAGAGGUAAUACAAGCUCUGGACAUCAUCAUGCGAAUGACAGCUAGAGUGACUUUAACAACUAUUGGACGAUCUGUGUUUGGUUCUGGUCCUCGUGAAAGCUUAGGGCAAGGACGGGAAAUGUGGAUUGGCUAUUACCAGACCGUCAGACCAAAUUUAUGGGGUGUGGAUUUGACAGUUGACGUGUCAGCUACAGCUUUCUAUGAGGAACGUUUCAUAGAUGAGUAUUUGUGCGAGGUCAUGGGUUGGUCGGGUAUUCGUGGAUCAUUGUCCCCAAGAGAUAGAGAGAGAUUUUUAGUUGAAAUUAAGGGUGUGAGAGUGGUUGCUACACAUUUGCCGUAUUUCCGUAAGUUUACAGUUUGUGAUGUGACUAAAGAGCCAGCAGAUAAGUUGAGCUUUGAUCUCGAUCAAGAGGGAGGCGGUUCCAUUAAGUGCACUGUGGCACGAUAUUUUCAAGAUAAAUACAAUCGUCGUCUUAAGUAUCCGAGUCUACCAUGUCUACAGGUGGCACCCAAAGAAAAGAAGAGAUUCUUUCCUAUGGAGGUGUGUAGGAUUGCCCCUAAACAGAGGUGUUUGAAGAAACUGCCUGAAAAAUUAGUGGCAGCAAUGAUCAAGAAAACUGCACGUCCACCAGCUGAACGACAAGCACAGAUAAUGAAUUUUGUCUCUGAUGCCAACUUUAAUAGGGAUCCAUACAUCAGCCAGUUUGGCAUUACCGUUGACAUCAAAAUGUGUGAACUUAAAGGCCGUGUGUUACCUCCACCACAGUUGCAAUACGGAGGCAACCGUAACUUGGUCACUCCCAGAGAUGGUGUAUGGGAUAUGAGAGGAAACUUGUUUUUGGAAGGAAAGCGGGUGACAAAUUGGGCUUUGCUCUGCUUUGUGUCAGGUGGUGGAAGAGGAGGAGAACGAGGAGGAGGAAGAGGUGGAAGAGGACGUAGUGGCUACGGUGGAGGUGGAGGAAGGGAGGGAAUUCAUCAGUGCUGUUGCUAUACUUUGUCAUCUCAACUACAACGAAUCAGUAAAGAUCAUGCAAUGCCAGUAGUUCAAGACCCAGUGUUUCAUCAACAUGCAGACAAUGAACGGCAGCUUGAGAGUCUGUUCCGUGUAAUGAAGCAAGAAUGUCCUAAUAUUGAGCUGGUGGUGGCUAUUCUGCCACAACAACAAUACAACUGCAAGGAUAUCUACAGUGAGCUAAAGCGUUUGGGUGAUCUCGAACAUGAGAUACCGUCACAGUGUGUUGUUGAUAAGAUAGCAAAGGACAGUAAACCACAAGUUUUGUCAAAUUUGUGUUUGAAGAUCAAUGCAAAGUUGGGAGGCAUAAAUGUGGCUGUUCCCAAAAUUUCAAGAUGCCCUACAUUCAAACCCGAUGAGGCAGUAAUAUUCUUUGGUGCUGACGUUACUCAUCCUUCUCCCGGAACAGCAAGAGAUGAGAGCAUGCCUUCCAUAGCUGCAGUUGUAGGAAGCAUUGACAACAAGGCAUGCAAGUACGCAUGUCAAGUACGAUCUCAAGCAUCCAAAAAGGAAAUCAUCACUGAACUCCAAGGAAUGGUGAGAGAGUUGCUUGUAGAGUAUUUCAAGCGGACAAAUUUGAAACCAACUCGUGUAAUCUUUUACCGUGAUGGUGUGAGCGAAGGACAAUUUUCGGAGGUUCUUGUUGAGGAACUACGAGCUAUACAGAGAGCAUGCUCAUCUCUUGAAGUCAAUUAUCGGCCUGGCAUAACAAUGGUGGUUGUACAAAAGCGUCAUCACACUCGUUUCUUUCCCGUUGAUAAGAGAGAUGGUGUCGGUAAAUCUGGAAACAUUCCACCUGGCACUGUUGUGGACAGAGUUGUUGUGCAUCCUAUUCAAUUUGACUUCUUCCUUUGCAGUCACCAAGGCAUACAAGGAACGAGUCGUCCUACUUACUAUCAUGUGCUUUGGGAUGACAACAAUUUUACUGCUGAUGAUCUCCAGAUGCUAACAUACCAACUCUGUCACGUUUAUGUACGUUGCACGAGAUCUGUAUCGUUGCCAGCUCCUGUCUAUUAUGCCCAUCUUGCUGCUUAUCGAGCUCGUUGCUACCCAAGGAUGAGUCACCCAGCAAGUAGUUCAGCGAGUCCAAGAAAAUACAGCACGAUGAAAAUGAUGUAUUUUACUUAGUUUCCUAUGUCAGACUAUAUCAGUGUUAUUUGAGUUGACGUUGCUUACAGUACGUAGAUCGUACAUGUUUGCAUGACUUUUAGACAUCAAUGUCGUUUGGUUAGGAAAGAGCAUGCAUGUUUGGGUUUUAUAUACAUGGUAUUAAUUAAGUUGCCAAUACAAACUGAAAGAAUGUA